AUGGAGGAACGCUUUUCGAAACAACAACGAAUGUACGACGAAAGUUACAUAAGGGCUAAAGAAGAUAUGAUAAGCAAACUGCCCGAUUCUUUGUUAUGUCAGAUACUGUCCUACCUCCCGACAAAGGAUACUGUCGGAACUAGUGUUCUGUCCCAUAGGUGGAAAAGCGUUUGGCUUUUGGUUCCUAACUUGGAUUUGUCCUCUUCUGAGUUCCCAGACUACAAUGCCUUUGUUAGUUUUAUGGACAGGCUCCUAGCUUUCUCUAGAGAAGAGAACUCACUCUUGUACAAGCUCAAGCUCAGUAUUCAGAAAGAAGAUGAGAAGGAUCAGUCUUGCGUCACACGGUGGAUAGAUUCUGUAGCUAACCCUAAACUCAAGCAUCUUGACAUUGAAUGUACUCUUGCGAACCGUAAGUUUCUAGAAGUAAUUCCCCAAAGCCUUUAUGUAUGUGACACGUUGGUGUCUCUAAGACUCCAUCGUGUCUCCUUGGGGGAGUUAGAGUCAGUCUCUUUGCCUUCUCUCAAGACCAUGCGUUUAGAACACAACGUCUACGCCAGCGACGCGAGUCUGGAGUUACUCAUCUCGUCUCCCCCUGCUCUCGAGGACUUGAGCGUUGUUAGAAUGGUGCCGGAUAACGUGAAGGUUCUGCGUGUGAGGUCUCAGUCGUUAACGAGCUUCCACGUAGACUAUUUGCUUGGUGAAGGCGAUGACUAUGUUGAUGCUUUGGUGAGAGGAGAGGGCUCAGGGGUUUUGAUCGAUGCGCCUAGACUCAAGUACUUGAAGUUCGAUGAUGAUCUGUCUGACAGUAAAAUCAUUACCACCAAUACAGUGUCCUUGGAUAAAGUCAACGUUGCCUUCGUCUUUGGUGAGCAUGAUUUUAUCGAUGUUGUCGACUUGCCAAAGCGAAACAUUGUCCGUGGUUUCUUUAACAGCAUUUCAGGAGUUAAGGAGAUGAAGAUCUCUUCCCAUACUAUUGAGUUUCUUGAUUAUAACAGGGAAUACGAGUUAUACGACCCGUUGCCUCAGUUUUGCAACGUUUCCACUUUAAAAGUGGCGUUUUACGUGUCGAAUCUGGAUAUGAUGCUGCCAACCCUUCUUGAGAGCUUUCCAAAUCUAAAAUCACUCGUCUUAAAGCUGGAUUAUUAUGAUCCUUCGAGGGAGGAGGAAGCAGAGGAUAUAAGACUCUCAUCUGUAGUACCUCCGUGUUUGAUGUCAUCACUGGAGUCUGUAAAGAUAAAGCGUUUCAACAGAGGGCCUGUUAACAUGGAGGUAGCUAGGUACUUUUUGGAGAACUCACUGGUCCUCAAGAAACUUGUUCUGGAUUUUAGAUGUUCGGUGGUUGAAGAAGGGUUUUACAUGUUGAGGGAUCUCCUUGCGUUGCCCAGGAGAUCUAGCUCGUGUCAAGUCCUACUUUGUUAGACGGCUAGAAAGGUGCAGUAGCAUUUACUGUUGGUUUGUUAGACUGAAUUUGGAUUUUGAUUAUCUUUUUUUUUGGUUGAAUUCUAUUA